CGGGGAAGGUUUAGUCGGAGAUCCCCACUCCACAGUUUCAGUUCCGGUCCUCAGGUUCCCCGGGCCGUGGUCGCCAUGGAGGAACCGGAGAUGCAACUCAAGGGAAAGAAAGUCACAGACAAGUUCACGGAGAGCGUCUAUGUCCUCGCCAAUGAGCCGUCUGUGGCCCUGUAUCGGCUGCAGGAGCAUGUGCGCCGCUCUCUGCCUGAGUUGGCCCAGCAUAAGGCUGACAUGCAGCGGUGGGAGGAGCAAAGCCAAGGAGCUAUCUACACCGUGGAGUAUGCCUGCAGUGCGGUGAAGAAUCUUGUUGACAGCAGCAUCUACUUCCGAAGUGUGGAAGGACUCCUCAAACAGGCCAUCAGCAUCCGAGACCACAUGAACACCACUGCCCAGGGCCACAGCCCUGAGGACCCACCCUCUCCCUCCUCAGACUGAUCCCAGAAGACUUGGAGGUGCUCCAGCCCCUCUGACCAGG